AUGAAGCUCAGUGCUGUCUCGUUAGGUGUGCUUUCUCUGUGUGUUUCACUUGUUGCUUCGAGCCAGCAGGAUGAAUUCCACCCAUCAAGCGAGACCUUCGCAGAGCCUGAGCACCAUCAUCUUGAACUUCCCGCAUCAAAUGAGGCCCCUAAGCACGAUCAUGUUCAGCUACCGUCCGGCCAAGCGCAGGAGGACCCGACCUCAUAUUUCCCAUGGACGCACAAACCAAUCUGCACAAAGGACGCCGAUGAUGACCCCGAAGACCAAUUCUGCGUCUACACCAACGCAUCCUUCAGCAACGGACGAGGCAUCUCCAUUUUCACGCGACCGGCAAUCGCACGGGAAUUCGCAUCGCUGCCACCAUUCCAGGACCCUACAGCACUGUCCUCAAACGGGAUCAACCUCGACUCUAACGCGAAAGAUCUGCCAUGGUACACGGCGUUCGUCCCAGGCAAGGGAAUGGGCAUGUUUGCCUCGCGACCGCUCCACCGUGGCGAUCUAAUUACCGCGUACACGCCCUGUCUCGUCACGCAUAUCGGGGACCUCCGCUUCACCGACGAUCGCGAGCGAAUGCUCAGGCUAGCGAUUAAUCAACUCCCGCCAGCAACCACGGAUGCUUAUCUCGCUCUGGCCAAGGUGUACGACGAGCCGGAAGUCGUGGCGCAGGAUAUCCUGAAAGCGAACGGCUUUGAGAUGAAACUCGGCGACUUGAUGCAUCCGGCCGUGUUUCCAGAGGCCUCGAGGUAUAACCAUGCCUGCGCGCCAAACGCGCAAUACUUCCUCUCCGCCAGCAUGUUGACACACUACGUGCACGCCGUGCGCCCCAUCGCAAAGGACGAGGAAAUCACCAUCUCGUACGCGCCGCCCCUGCGUCUGCGCGCCGACCGGCAGAACCACAUGCAGUCGAUCUUCCAGUUCACGUGUACCUGCGAGCGCUGCUCCUCUGGCUCCCACACGGCCCGGGAAUCCGACAAGGCGACCCAAGACAUCGUCAAUUUACAGUGGGAGCUUGACCGUUCUCAACGAGGGGACAGGGACGCGCCUGGGCCCGGCGGCGUCAGUGUCAAGAAAGCCGAACAGCUCGUCGCCUUGUACAAGGCCGAAGGGCUGGAUGGGUUCCUCGACACCGCGUACGGCUACGCCGCGCUGGCGUAUAACACCGUGGGCGGCACGAGGGGGGCCAUGAAGUACGCCAGGUUGGCGGCCGAGGCUACGCGGCUCAGGUACCCCGUUGACGAAGAAGGGGUGGGGCUGCAGAAAGUCAGGGAGUGGGAAGGCAUGGCGCGCGAUCCGAUGGGCCAUCCGAGUUGGAGGAAUAGCAAUAGGAAUAGGCAGAAGCGGUCGACAUGA